CUGAUUAGAGAAAAAAUACUAACAAGACAUUUAAAAUUAUGUGACUAUGUCAGUUUAGAAAUCAAAAAAGAAUACUUUGGAUUUACAUUUCAAGAGCCAGAAAAAAGAAAUUCAGCAACCAAUAUAAAUAAUUUAAAUUGCUUUACUAUUGAUAAAAUUAAUUUAAAAGAUGAAUUUUGGGAAAACUUAUUUGAAAAUAAUGAAAAUGACUUAGAUUUAAUUGAUGAUUUAGAAGAAGAAAUAGAAGAAUUAAAUAUUAAUUAUGAUGAAAAUCAAAAUAGUGAUAAUCAGUAUAGUGAUGAUUUAUAUAGUGAUGAUCUAUAUACUUAA